GUUAACGGGCUCCACCAUCGCUUGCACUCUCCCCACCCCCCGGUUGGGAAUGGAUCAGCCGGUUGCCCUUCGCUUCCUCCAGUUACUGAGGAGCUGGGGGAAAGGCGGCCUUAGUCACAGGUAGCUAAAGGCAGCAUAAUGAGUCUGGUUGGCAUCAUACGUGAGCAUUGGGUCAAUAUCCUUGUCCCUCUGGGUUUUGUAUUGGGAUGUUAUCUUGAUAGAAGAAACGAUAGCAAACUAACUGCAUUCAGAAACAAAAGUUUAUUGUAUAAACGGGAAUUGAAACCAGGUGAAGAAACUACAUGGAAGUGAUGAGCUGAAAACCAUGCUGAGAAAACAAGGAACUGUUUUGCAUAAAAACAAGCCCAAUGUCAAUUCUAGUCUUGAUGAGUCUUCAAUCAGGGAUCCUGUGAAAGUUUAUUUGAAUAAUGCUGUUUUGUCCUAUUAAAUUUUGAUCUUUCAUAAACUCUGCUUAUCUUCAUGUAACAGAUAAUUGGUUUAAAGUCCUAAAAUUUGCUAACAUUUCCCUCUUUUUGUAUCAUUGGAAUAUAAAAUUUUAAAAAGGCAUGGCAAAUUCAUUGUAUUUCUUUCAUUAACUUAGAUUAAUACAAAUGGAAUGUCAGACUUAAUAAAUCUUACAUUGAGUUAACUUUUUUGAAUCUUUCAAGUUUUAUGUUUAAAAUUGUAAAAUGUUAAUUGUGGGACAUGGAUUUGUAUUCGUAAGUCCUUUUUUAUUCUUUUGCCCUGGGAAUUGACAACGGGAAAUAUAUAAACAUUUCACUCAAUUUCAAUGAUCAUUGUUUGCAUUGGAGUAUAUUUCAUUUGUGUGUCUACAAUUUUGAGUUGUUGAUAAUCCUCCUGAACCUGACUGAUAUCUUUGUAAAUCCUGGAGUGGAAUUUAUGUUGCAAUAUUUCAAUAACUUAAUUGCUUUUACUGGAUUGUUCGCAAGCUUUUAAGUUCAUUUUAAAUUUAAAAUGAAAACAGAAAAUGCUGGAAAUAUUUAGCAGGGCAGGCAGUGUUAUAAUGGCACAUGCUCACUGCAUAAAUCCAAAUUGAAUGCACCCUAGUAUCACAGUGCUAUGAUAGCUGGUUUCCCAUCUGCCAUUUCUUCCCCUCCCACCAUAAAUAAAUGUGAGACUCUGCUGAAAACCAUGGCAGCCUGACAUCCCCUUCAAUGCGAAGAAGACCAAGUAUUUCGGAGUGGACAUCUUAUCAGCUACUUGUGUCAGCUGAACACUAAAUACCUUUAACUUAUACAAAGCAGGUGGCUUGCUUUUUUUGUUCUUCCUCUUUUCCCCUUUGAUUUUCUCUGAUGUUCACUUGAAGGUUAUUUCAUGGACCCUGAUAAAGUCUCUACAAAACCCAAAUUUGAGAAUCACUGUCUUAAAUGACAGUGUCCCACAAACAGCAAUGUGAAAAUGACUGCAUUUUCUAUUUUUAUUGGUGUUGGUUAGGGCCAGGAUAUCAGAAGAAAGCCCCCCUGCUCUUCAAAAAGAUCCCAACUGAGAGGGGCCUUGGUUUAACAUCUCAUCUGAAAGAUGGUAGCUCCAACAGGGCAGCACUGGAGUGUCAGCCUAGAUUUUUUGUUCAAGUCUCUAGAGUGGCACUUGAACCCACAACCUUCUGACUCAGAGGUAUGGGUGCUAUCACUUAAUCCUUAAUUUUAGGAUUUAGAUCUAAAAAUAUUUCUUAAAAAGAAUCAAAAAUGUUUUUUCCUCCAUUUCGAUGAUGAGUUAAUUGCUGAAAAGUGGUUGACAGGAAGACUGGCCAUUUAUGAAGGACAUUGAUUGCAAACCCUGAUCCUUUCCAGCUUCUUGUCAAGAAAUACAAAAAUUGCUGGCUGGAUUUUGUGCUUCAAAAUAAAAAGCAAAGUUCUAUCAAAGCAGCCAUCUGUUUAUGUAGCAUUCCAAAGAGGCAAUGUCACAAAUAAUGUACUUACUCAUUUAUGUAGCAGUGAUAAAUUUAUUUUACUCCACAUUUCCAUUGGUCCGUGUCCAGUUCUGCCAAUGCCCCAAUUCCAUCUUCCAUGCUGCUCAACUUCAGGAUGCCCACUCUAUUGCUGAAAAUAUUCCAGGAUCUCUGUUGCAGCGCUGUUGAAUCCAGGAGCAACACUCUAUGCUACCAAAGCUUAGGAGUGCACCCAAUGUUGCACAGCUGCAUGGUACUGCCCUCCUGUACUGCUGAUCAGGAAGUUAACUGGAACAUUUGAUUUAAUCUGUUAUCAUAAAUCAGUGGCUCAAAGCACAUUGCACAUUAGAUAGCAGAACACAUCGGUAGAACAAAACCAUGGGGUAUCGAUCAUGUAGUGUGCAUUUGUUUUGUUGUUUUAUUCUUAGGGUGAGGGCGACACAUGUUUUUAUUGCCCAGCUUUAGUUUCUAUGAGAAGGUGGCAGUAGGUCUUAUUAAACUGCUGCAAUCUAUGUGCUGAUGGUGUUCUCAUGGCUGUGUUAUAUAUAGAAUUUCAGGACUUUGGACCAGUGGCGAUGACAGCACAGUGGUAAAUGUCCAAGUCGAAAUGGUGUAAGACCUGAAAGGAGACUAGUUAAUUGUCUUGCUGCUAUUGUCCUCCUUGGUGGUAGAGAUUGUUGGACUGGGAGGGGCUGUCUAAGUAAGCUGGGAUGAGCUUGUAAGGCAUUUUCUGUAAUGACUUUGGAGCAACAUUUUUAUGUCAUCAAUAAAAUGGGAAGUUCCUAUGUCAA